AUGCAUGUAAAUUGGGAUCUAAGAAUUGGUGAAAACUUCCGAUAUGUUCUUGUUGUUGAUUCUGGUGGUGGUGGCGGCGGUGGUGGAGAUAGUGGAGGUGGUGGACAAAGAAAGGGCGGGAGCAUGGAGGAAGUGGUGGAGAUGCCUGCUCAGAUUUUCGGAGCAUAUGAUGUUCUUGCAAUUCAUUAUUCUGUAGGGUUUUUGGAGAUGACGAAGAUGGACGGAGGCGGCAGAGGUAGAGGUGGGGGUGGAUUUAUUGAUGGUAGAGAUGGUGGAGGUGGACAUGGUGGCGAAGGGCAUGGAAAAGGUGGGGUUGGAGAUGCCGGAGACAAAGGUUGA